AUGGCUGGCUCGGUAUUCAGGGUGGCCUUCGCGGCCCUCCUCCUGUUCCAAUCAUGGACAGCGGCAUACGUCAAGAGGCAGAGAGAGAACCAAUGGGUCGAUAUUUGGGGGUCCAUGCCCCAGCUCGUCGAGCCGGCCAACCUGCCUCCUGCGCCAUAUAAUGCCACCGGCGUGGUCUUCCAAGAUGCCACCAUCCGCCAGACAAUCUUCCUCACGCAGUCAGCCCCCAAGAUCCGUCUCGUCAUCUCGAACGUCUUCGGCGGCUCGGAUCUGCCCAUUUCAGCAGCCACCAUCGCGCUGCCCCUGAACGGAUCUGCCGGGACGUCAGCCGUCAAGCCUGAGACCCUGGUGCCGCUCACCUUCUCGGGCGGCCUGCCGAACUUCACCAUCCCCAACGGGGCACGCAUCAUCUCGGACCCGGUCGACUUCCCCGUCACGGCGCAGCAGGUCCUGACCAUCUCCCUGUACCUGGCCUCGGGGCAGACGACAAACAGCAUCACGGGCCACCCAGGCAGCCGGACGACGUCAUUCUACGCGCCGGGCAACCAGACGGGCGAGGCCGACCUCUCGGCCGACCCGGCGACCCAGAGCAGCGCGCACUGGUACUUCAUCUCGGCGGUGGAGGCGUACCUGCCCACGUCGGAGACGUCGGGCGCCGUGGCCAUCGUGGGCGACAGCAUCACGGACGGGCGCGGGAGCACGACGGACCAGAACAACCGGUGGCCCGACAACCUGGUGCGGCGGCUGCAGGCCGCCAACGCGACGGCGCUGCAGCGUGGGCUGGCAGUCGUCAACCAGGCCGCGGGCGGCAACCGCGUGCUCGCCGACGGGCUGGGGCCCAACGCCCUGGGGCGGAUCGACCGGGACGUGCUGGCGCAGUCGGGGGUGCGCUACGUGGUGGUCUUCGAGGGGGUCAACGACAUCGGCACCGCGGCCGCGACGGCGGCGGCGCAGCAGGCCGUCGGCGACAGGCUGCUCGCGGCGUACGCGCAGGUCAUCGGGCUCGUCCACGCCAGGGGCCUGCCCGUCUUCGGGGCGACGAUCACGCCGUUCGGCGGCAACGCCUCGGUGCAGGCGUACAGCGACCCGGCGCGGGAGGUCACGCGGCAGAGGGUCAACGCGUGGAUCCGGACGUCGGGCCGCUUCGACGGCGUCGUGGACUUUGAUGCCGCCGUGAGGGACCCGGCCAACGGGACGAUGCUGAGCCCGCUCUAUGACAGCGGGGAUUACCUGCACCUCAACCCGGCUGGGUACGUGGCCAUGGCGCAGGCCGUGGACCUGAGCCUGUUUGAGAAGUUCAGGGACGGUGUCGAUGAGGAGGUUUAG